UCUUGAAUAAGUAAGCGACUCUUGGAGAUCCUCUCCGCGGGGGACUGUGAGCUCCAGAACUCCCCAAAUCCUUGAGGAGGAGUGGGGGCGAGGCGCCAUUCGACACCAUGGCCGAGCCCCUAAAGGAAGAAGACGGCGAGGACGGCUCUGGGGAACCCCCCGGGCCGGUGAAAGCAGAGCCCGCUCACACCGCUGCCUCUGUCGCGGCCAAGAACCUGGCCCUGCUCAAAGCCCGCUCCUUUGAUGUGACCUUUGACGUGGGGGACGAGUACGAGAUCAUCGAGACCAUAGGCAACGGAGCCUACGGGGUGGUGUCCUCUGCUCGCCGCCGCCUCACUGGCCAGCAGGUGGCCAUCAAGAAGAUCCCCAAUGCAUUUGAUGUGGUGACCAAUGCCAAAAGGACCCUCAGGGAACUGAAGAUCCUCAAACACUUCAAACAUGACAAUAUCAUCGCCAUUAAGGACAUCUUGAGGCCCACUGUGCCCUAUGGAGAGUUCAAAUCUGUCUAUGUGGUACUGGACCUGAUGGAGAGUGAUCUGCACCAGAUCAUCCACUCCUCACAGCCGCUCACACUGGAGCAUGUGCGCUACUUCCUAUACCAGCUGCUUCGGGGCCUUAAGUACAUGCACUCAGCUCAGGUCAUCCACCGUGAUCUUAAGCCCUCCAAUCUGCUGGUGAAUGAGAACUGUGAGCUCAAGAUCGGUGACUUUGGUAUGGCCCGUGGCCUGUGUACCUCCCCAGCUGAGCAUCAGUACUUCAUGACUGAGUAUGUGGCCACUCGCUGGUACCGUGCCCCUGAGCUCAUGCUUUCCCUCCAUGAGUACACACAGGCUAUCGACCUCUGGUCUGUGGGCUGCAUCUUUGGUGAGAUGCUGGCCCGGCGCCAGCUCUUCCCAGGCAAAAACUAUGUACACCAGCUACAGCUGAUCAUGAUGGUGCUAGGUACUCCAUCGCCAGCUGUGAUUCAGUCUGUGGGAGCUGAAAGAGUUCGGGCCUAUAUCCAGAGCCUGCCGCCACGCCAGCCUGUGCCCUGGGAGACAGUGUAUCCAGGUGCCGACCGCCAAGCCCUCUCAUUACUGGGCCGAAUGUUACGUUUUGAACCCAGUGCCCGCAUCUCAGCAGCUGCUGCCCUUCGUCACCCUUUCCUGGCCAAGUACCAUGACCCUGAUGAUGAACCUGAUUGUGCCCCACCCUUUGACUUUGCCUUUGAUCGUGAAGCCCUCACCCGGGAGCGUAUUAAGGAGGCCAUUGUGGCUGAGAUUGAAGACUUUCAUGCACGCCGAGAGGGCAUUCGCCAACAGAUCCGCUUCCAGCCUUCCUUGCAGCCUGUAGCCAGUGAGCCUGGCUGUCCAGAUGUUGAGAUGCCCAGUCCCUGGGCUCCCAGUGGUGAUUGUGCCAUGGAGUCACCCCCACCAGCCCCACCGCUGUGCCCUGGCCCUGCACCUGAUACCAUUGAUCUGACUCUGCAGCCCCCCCCACCAGCCAGUGAGCCUGCCCCACCAAAGAGAGAAGGUGCCAUCUCAGACAAUACCAAGGCAGCUCUCAAAGCUGCCCUGCUGAAGUCCUUGCGGAGCCGGCUCAGAGAUGGUCCAAGCGCAACCUUGGAGGCUCCUGAGCCUCGGAAACCUGUGACAGCCCAGGAGCGCCAGCGAGAGCGGGAAGAGAAGCGUCGGAGGCGGCAAGAGCGAGCCAAAGAGCGGGAGAAACGUCGGCAAGAGCGGGAGCGCAAGGAGAGGGGCACUGGGACUUUGGGAGGCCCCUCUACCGACCCCCUGGCUGGACUGGUGCUUAGUGACAAUGACAGAAGCCUGUUGGAGCGGUGGACUCGCAUGGCUCGGCCCCCUGCCCCUGCCCCAGCCCCUGCCCCAGCUCCAGUCUUAGCCCCAGCUCCAGUCCCAACCCCUACACCAGCCCCAACCCAGCCCACUAGUCCACCCUCUGGCCCUGUAGCUCAACCCACUGGUCCCCUACCACAGCCUUCAGGCUCUACCCCUGGUCCUGUACCCCAGCCGGCCUGUCCACCCCCUGGCCCUCCUGGACCUAUCCCAGUUCCUGCCCCACUCCAGACUGCUACCUCCACAAGCCUCCUGGCCCCCCAGUCGCUUGUGCCACCCCCUGGGCUACCUGGCCCCAAUGCCCCAGGAGUUCUGCCUUACUUCCCACCUGGCCCACCACCUCCAGAUCCUGGUGGGGCCCCUCAGCCUUCCACAUCAGAGUCACCUGAUGUCAACCUGGUAACCCAGCAACUCUCCAAGUCUCAGGUGGAGGACCCCUUGCCUCCCGUGUUCUCAGGCACCCCAAAGGGCAGUGGGGCUGGCUAUGGUGUUGGCUUUGACCUGGAGGAAUUCUUAAACCAAUCUUUUGACAUGGGCGUGGCUGAUGGGCCACCAGAUGGCCAGGCAGACUCAGCCUCACUCUCCGCCUCUCUCCUUGCUGACUGGCUUGAGGGCCAUGGCAUGAACCCUGCCGACAUCGAGUCUCUGCAACGUGAGAUCCAGAUGGACUCCCCAAUGUUGCUGGCUGACCUGCCUGACCUCCAGGAGCCCUGAGGCCCACAGUGUAUGACUUGUUACCAAGGCGGGCUUAGCUGCUGGGCCUAUGGGAGUGUUACAGACAGCUGCAGCCCUGGGCCUGACAGGUGAGGCUUCAGCUUGGAUUAUCCUGCGGGUUCAUCUCAGACCCACCCUUUAAGCCUUAAGCAGCCACCUGAGCCACCACCGAACAGGACUGGGAGGCCCGGACAUUCCCCGAGUAAUCCUUUUCAGUGUUGAAUUUUUAUUAUUAUUGUAAUGUUAUUAUGACAUGAUCUUUUUGCCAUCAAGAUGAGACCUGUGAAAUACAAGGUUCUCUUCAACAUCUG